CUUAAUAAUAAAUUUUUAUUAAAAUUCUCUCUACUAUAUAAAAUAAUAGCCGAAGAAUUAAAAACUAUAAGAUAUUAUAUUAUUAAAAAUCUAAAUAAAAAUUUUAUUAUCCCGAGCUCAGCUUUUUUUAUAUUAUCUAUUCUAAUAGCUCGGAAAUCCGGAGAAGGUUUUUAUAUAUAUAUAGAUUAUCGAAAGCUUAAUAUAUUAACUAAAAAAAAUCUAUAUUUAUUAUUUUUAAUUAAUAAGAUUAUUAACUAA